UGGACACCUACACAUAAGUACAAUUGGCUCUUCGACGUCAGCCUAUGACUUAUUAUACAAAUAAGGAACAACACGCAAUGUACGUAUAUACAACAAAAGAAACUAGUAAAAGUAACGUUGAUCAGCUUCCCUUAAUGCGGCCACUCUUCGGGAGUCCCACAGCUUUUUGUUUACCAUCUUUCUUAUAUUCUACAAUGGUAUUACCUGCUGCUCCCGUGCUUUCCAAAAUCUCUCCCUCGAGUCACCUCUGGAGGUGUUCUCGUCUGUCCUUAUAUCGAUCUCGACAUCUAAUAAUCUACGUUUGACAUUCACGACUCCUGUUUUUCUAUCCACUUCUCAUAUCCUGCAUUAUUCAUCGUACGGACGGCUACCACAAAGCUUGUAUCUAUCAUGGAAUCCUUUCCUGUAUUUUUCAAGGUUCGGGCUAUAACUUUCACUUGUAUCAUCCUCAUUAGCUUUAUUUGGGUUGUACUUCUUUCAGUGGAAGCUUACACCCGCUGGGAUAUAUCUGACCGUUGCAGUCGGUCGUUAACGGCUGUCUUCAUCUUGACCAACACAACAACUAUACUAAUUUUACCUUUCCUAUUACUCCUGAAGUUCCGAGUGUGGUUAGAUGCCGCUCGAAUAUUGUUACUUAUGGUGGCACAAAUAGGAUCUGCCGCCGCUUUCACUUAUUGGAAUCCUCAAAUACAAUGUCCAGAUCAAACAGCCGACCAGCUAGCUGUCUGCAAGUUGAUUAACAUUUAUUCACUCAUGGGCUGCUGGAUAGUUCCUGCCAUAUUUGUUUUAUAUGCCAGUUAUUUUGCUGCCACGGUUUACCGCCAGUCACGGAUACCCGUCGUAGUUGAGUCGCGCGAAAAAGCCUUUAUGGAAACAGGAUCAGUAUCACCUGUCGUGGUAGACCCAGAAAUGGCUAUCACUUCCCCCCGUCUUCCUGCUCUCAAUACUCGGGCUUCCAUAUUUCCUCCUUGUAGUUUGUCGUCCGAUUCUUCGCCGUUCUCACGUCCGGAGGCACUCUCUGCAUCUCCACUCACGAUCACUGCUUUGCCACCCCUUGUUUCUCGUAUUCCUCAUCCCGUUGUCUUGCAACCAAGAGCGCUAGAUAAACUUGUACAGAUGGACGGUACCAAUCGCAAGUCAGGACGAUUAUCAAAACCCCUACCACACUGGUGUAUCUAGAACUAUUGUAGUCUACUUAGAUUCAAUGCAUUAAUGUAUCAAUAUAUAAUCCCGC